GCGCCACGAUGACGACGCCAACGGUCAAAGGUGUCGAAUUUUUUGUUUCCACCGUUUUAGACGUAUUUUUGGACGGGGAUUUCAGAAAUCGCCAUUAUUUCGACGUGCGACGACCCCGUGACCGUGUCGACGACGCCAAAGUCGGAAAUUUUCGAAUUUUUUGUUUCCACCGUUUUAGACGUCAUUUUGGACGGGGAUUUCAGAAAUCGCCAUCAUUUCGACGUGCGACGACCCCGUGACCCUGUCGACGACGCCAAAGUCGGAAAUUUUCGAAUUUUUUGUUUCCACCGUUUUAGACGUCAUUUUAGACGGGGAUUUCAGAAAUCGCCAUCAUUUCGACGUGCGACGACCCUGUGACCGUGUGGGAGGUGUCGAAUGUCGAAAAAAUGACUUACAAGAUUGGAACUCGUUGAACAUUUUCAAAACGAAACAUCAUAACUUGGGCACAAUAAAUUUAUGCGGGAUUAUAUUUUUAGAGAAGAAAACCCCACAAAAUCUCGACAUUGCUGUCACCUCAGUAUUCUCCUUUUCGACGGACACACUCCGACAAAAAAUUAUGUACAAGAAUCGACUCCACAUUUUCCACCUGGCCUCAAACGCUGACGAAGUUUCGGACAUGUUUUUAAUCUACAAAUCAGUGGACGGCCCUUUGCAUGAGAAAACCAUUUAUGGAGCUCAACACAAUUAUCUCAUACUGUAUAAAUACUCUCAUGUCUUUCUCCUAAUUUGGAGUCAAACUGCAGCAACCAAAACGACAUUUUACUACAUCUGUGCUCACUGUGGAAUGAUAUUAAUUAGAAUGGAUUUUAGGAAACAUUUUAGCACACCCAGGUUCAAAUUGGCAGCAAUAAAUGUUAUGGACAAGAUCUAUUCGGCAGAAUUUUUAUGUGAGACAAGUUAUGAAAGGGUAACCUUUGCGGAGGUGGUUGCUUGGGAAAUAUUCUGUUAUAAGAAUGUUACACUAAGCAGAAAACGCCAUGAUGAUUUGGAUUCCUUCAUGCCUGAGUUCUACAGUGAACAUGUCAUGGAAAUGCGCUACAUGACAUUCGCUGACAAAUUCAGCCUAACUGGCGAGCUCUCAAGUAAAUUCGUCACCUGCUGGGCAGAACAGCCAUACACUUUAGAAAUGUACUACAAACCGUUUUCUAGUCAAGUCUGGGCCUACUUGUCCACCUUCUUGGUGGGACUAACGGUCGGAUACUGCAUCCUGAUUCAGACAAAGAUGAAACGGCACAUUUUUCACGUUGCUCACAAUGGCGACGGAAUCAUGACAUUUGUGGCCGCGCUAUUUGAAAAAUCGGCAAACGUGCCCAUUUUUGUCGGUAAGAUACCCGCAUUUCGACUAAUAUUUGCUCUUUGGACGCUCCAAUCUAUCCUCUUCAAACAAUUAUACACUAGCGUCCUUAUCUCAUAUUUAAUAAUCCCGCUACCAAAAACGUCAAUUAGUCGCUUUGACCAACCCAGUCCUAACCAGGAAACUCCGAAGGUUUUGUCAUCCGCGUUGAUUCAAUUUCGCGAUAUUUUAAAUCGUACAUAUCAAAAGGAAGGUGACAGUUUCAAAAUCAGCUCGGCUCCCUCAAUGGGAUUUGAGACAACGUAUUCGCCACAGUUUUUAUCAAAUUAUCAUAACGACCCUGUAACCUUUCAGAGAACUUUCCAAUUUAGCUUUUUCUCUUUGAUAUAUCUUAGCAUUCAAGGUUGGUUACUCCAUCCGAGUGAUAACAUCGAACACAACAAGUUUCAAGAUAGAAUGCUAGCUGUUUCAUCUAGGGAACAAUUUUCAGCUUGGUCAGCUGAUUUGAAAUCUGGCGGAGAUAUCGAGUUGAACGAAGAGUUGUCACUUUGGUUCAAAUUGGUUACAAAAGGGGACCCUUGGAUUCCGAGGAUGAAUAGCAAGAUGAUGAAUUUAACCUUAAUGAAUUCUCUCAACGCCCCAGGUCUCCAAUCACCCCCAACGCAAUCCUUCAUGGAAGAAGACCUUGUUCAGUGUGGCCGAAUGGUGCACGUGGAAGCGACAAACAAACUUGAAACAGAGAUGAGUUACUUAAGAAGAAACUACCAUUGGCUGGAUUUCUUCAAAAGCGAGGAGUCCAUAACUAGCCGUGGGGCGGGCUGGCACUUUUUGAACACAGGAAAAUCUAACUUUUCAAAUUGGCUGGAUUGGUUUUUUGAAUCAGGGUGUUACAAUUUUUUGAGGUGGAGAGUACAAGUCCAGGAUUAUAAAGUUCGGAAUGAAUUUACCAAAGAAAUCGCUAAAGGACAUAAGGUACCGGAUGUGGUAAAGCCUCUCGGGUUUAGCACCGGUAUUACGACUCUAUUUCAUAUUUGGGGAAUUAUGGUUGGAGCAACGGCACUUGCUGGAUGCGCCGAAUUUUGUAGUGGGCUAAUACUCAAGAUAAGGAAGAAAGAGACGCUUGUGUUUCAAUUUGUAGAAUAAUGAACACUAAUAACGGCAUUAUGUGUCAUUGAGUAUUGAAGUACGUAUGUAUGUAUGGUUGGAGCUACGUACAUAUGUAUAUAGAUGAAAGUUUACAAAUAAAUGUGCCCAUGUUAGUGCUAAAAUUGGAAAUUUUGUUUGGUAGACGGAUAUUUAAAUAUAUGUAAAGUCCCAUUCGCAUGGGAUAAUAUCAGAAUUUUCUAGCGUAAUUACAUACAUCACGAAAGACUGGAGUGAUGAAGGUACUCUCCAUUCGCGCACAGUUGAACUUUUACAGAAAUUGAGAAUUCUGAGAAGCUAUAAUUAUUGUCUGCCAAUAUGAUCACGUUUGGCAAAGAUAUUUGCAUUUUGCAUUUUAACAGAAGAAAAUCGCACGAGGGUUGACAUAUUUUACACUUUUUAAACGUAUUGCCCUUUUUCUAUUGUUUGGAUGGAUAUAUUUCUGCCAAAUGUCACGUUUGGCAGACAAUAAAUAUGCAUCUGUUGUGACAUUUAUUUGUCAAAAAUAAGAGAUUGGGUGACUUUCAUCGUAAGUGUUAUGCAAUGAGUAACCCAUUUAAUUAAAUAUGUAUGUAUGCAAAUGUAUUUAUUUACGUGUAACAAAUGAAACCUUGAUAAGCAUGCAUGUCACCUUUAAGUUCACUAAUAAGUCACCAAUAAGUUCCAAACGGACGGAUGAAGCAUAACCAAUAUAUACAUAAAUGCUCAUUUUAAUUAAACGCGAUCCCAUCCAGGAUCAACAUUAAUAUUAAAUUAGGCUUGUCAAGUUAUGUACACAUGUACAUAUGUAUGUAUAAAUACAUAUAUUACUUACAUGCAUUUAUUUCUGUUCACCCAAAAGCAUCCCUUUCAAGUGAUGAGCCUUACAUAAAUCGUGUCGCUUGCUUAUUUUGCCUAAAUUCCAUUCGACCCAAUGACGACAUUUCAAUGUUUUAAUCGCAUCCGUUAUUAAUGGUCCUUUACCAAAAUGUUAGUUACUUGGACUAAUGAGAAGGCUAUGCAAACACGACAAUCUAAAUUCUACAGGCUUGACAAGUCACGAAAUAUAUGUAAGAAAACCUUACACAGCUCGACUCUAAAAAUACUUAUUUAACAUUCGUUUCCCAUCCUUCAUCGCGAACUCUAGCCUAAAACAAAUAAAUGGAAUAGAUUUCAAAACUAUAAAUCGCAUUUCUGAUAUCCUUUAAACGAUAUUUACACGAAUAAAGAUGUCAAACUUUUUACUAAAAUGGUCAA